GUGUGCCCUUCCGCAUGUUUGGACAGUGUCCGCGCGCCUGAGUAAAUAAGCCAGGAGCCCGGGCGAGGCGUCACAGUCGACAGCGUGUAAAUGCCACAGAUGCAGAAAUGGUGCUGCUUCUCUCUGCCGUGUCGCUCCUCUCGGCCCUUCACCUCGGUUAUCUAACUAGGCAGGUGGGCAAGAGCAGGUCAAUACAUGGUAUUACUCCCCCUGCUGUUAAUGGGGCUCCAGAAUUUGAGAGGACUUUUCGAGCACAUCAAAAUUGUGUGGAGUUCUAUCCUAUAUUCCUUGUGGUGUUUUGGACUGCUGGGUUGCAUACAAGUGAAGUAUUAGCAGCAGUCCUUGGCUUGUUUUACAUCUAUGCUCAACAUUGCUUUUUUUUUGGAUAUCAGGCUUCUUCUAAAGGAAGGCUCAGUGGAUUUUACGCCUCUUUAGUGAUUAUUAUAACACUGGCAAACUUGGCUACAGUUGGUAUUUUCAGUGGAAUCCUGGAUGAAUAUUUUGAUAUCGACUUGAAGAAAAAAAUAUUGAAAUGAUGAAGAAACCACUUGAUUUUUUUUUUGACAUGGAAGAUUUUUAAUACUUUGAAAGUAAAUUUAUUUUAAUUAAAGUGCUUUUAAAUAUACAAAAAUAAAUCUUACUAAAUUUAA